GUUACAGACAAGUUCACAGAGAGCAUGUACGUCCUGGCCAACGAGCCCUCCGUGGCACUGUACCGGCUGCAGGAGCAUGUGAGGAGAUCCCUUCCCGAGCUCGCACAGCACAAGUCUGACAUGCAGAACUGGGAGGAGCAAAGCCAAGGAGCCAUCUACACCGUGGAGUACGCCUGCAGUGCCAUAAAGAACAUGACUGACAGCAGUGUGUACUUCAAGAGCAUUGACAGUCUCCUCAAACACGCCAUAGCCAUGAAGGAUGAGCUGAACGCUGCUCAGGGCCGCAGCCCUGUUGCCCCACAAGGCAAGAAUCCUCCAGCCAGUUCCUGAUUUCAGACAAGACUGGCUUGUCCUCUGCCGCCUUCUCCAGCCCAGCUCUAUCUUCUCCAACCACAGGGAGGAGUGAGAAACCACCCGCUCAGUCUCUGAAGCUGCACAGAGCUCUCUGCCUCCCUCUCUGUUCCCAACAACAAGGUGCUGCACCUGAGCAGACAAAUCCUGCCCCUGGGGUCAGGACUGCCUUUGAGAGCUGCUUUGGGGAGGAGUUGUGUCCCUUUCCACAGCACUUUCCACAAGGGGAAUGG